AGAGAGAGAGAGAAAAAAAUUUCCAAGAUCCAAUGCACGAGCAAAUGUCGAUUAUUUUGGUUCAGGAAUUGAAUCCAUGGAACUUAUCGUGUUAAAAAAGAUACAAAAAUUGAUAGAAAAUUAUCGAGUGAAUUUUAUAUGAUUUUUAGAAGAGAGAACUGUAAAACUGUGAGCGUACAUAUGAUAUAUAUACACCAUCAUAGAUAGGGGAUUUUCGUAACUUUUCUGAGGAAAAAUUAAUUUUCCUGGAUUUCCGUGGAUUUUUUGUCAUCGAACACUGAACUUUGCACAAGACACGUGUUCCUAGUGUGAUUUUAUUAUGAUUCGAUAAAUCUUCACCGUUGCGAGGAUUUUCAGAGGGGAAGACUCCUUCUUCGCGGUAAUAUCGCGCUGGAGAAUAUUGUGGCGCGGUUUUGCACGCGGGACCUCGACGUAUCCGUGAUUUGCGUGCGUUUCUCGUUACGCGAGCUCAGCCGAGUUGAUUUAGAACGAACGACGAGUUCAUUUCACGGUGGAAGAAACGUAACUUUGCGAACUUUCGACGUCGACUGCGUAAACUAGACGUUCCCAAGACGAAUAAUCAUCGUUAUCGUGCAUCAUGUGAUCUUCAGUGUGGCAAAGAUUCGCGCGAUUAUUCCCACAAUCGUCUAAAAUUUUUUUGUAAAUGCGCAGAAUGAUAAUUUUAGGGAAAAUGAGACAGAUAAGUAAAAUAUUUCCUACAAAAUUACAGGACUCGAAGGCCUAUCUUCGAUUACGCAAAACAUUAUUUCGCAGUCGUAUCGUUUGAAAAUAGGGUAAUUCGCUUCGCUUAAUGUGCCGUGCGCUCGAUCAAGCGACUUUGAGCCGAGUUUUUCAGGAUAUAAGUGAUCGCGACGCUUCAGCGAUGGCCAUUGCUUUGACGAGACGAAGCGAAGAAGAGAUUAGCUCGAUUUUCCUGUUGAUUAUGCGCGACAGUGCGACAAAAGGAGCGUGCAAAAUUCGGCGUGAUUGCGACGGCCCGACAAGGAUCUCGUGACAUUUUCGCAGAGACUCGUAACCCCCCCGGACUCUCUCCCGAGAUUGAUACCGAGGAUAUCUGAAGGAAUUAAGAGGGAAAAAAGAACGAACAAUUUGUUAAUAAGAACGUAAGCAUGCUCUUGGGAAACGAAUAGUUCGCCUCGUGAAAGUGGCCGAUCUAACGCUUUCCAAAAUCGGAGGCGCACUUCCGUAACACAUUUUGCUCCUCCGUGCUUUCUUUCUUGGUCGAUUAAUCGUGCCAUCGGUGACUAAGCAGAACACGACAGAAAAGUGACUCUUUCCAUAAGUCAAGUGGAGGUAAAAUUUGAUUUUAUGUCGCAAGAAGAGGGAUAUGUAUAUCGGGAACCUCGAGAUAAAGACAAUUCCGGGAAAUAUAGGGCAAUACCAGAUAAGGUUUUCGCUUAUCUGUUUUCGUUGAGAGACAGCUUGAUAUAAUUUUCGAAACAGGCUUACGCAGUGCGAGUGAUUAAAUUCUAGUAGAAAAUUCCACUCAUACGCAAGUACAAAAAAUUAUACGUGAUCGAUACGAUAGAAACGCAUUUCUCGCAUCAAUUUUCACGUUGAUAUAAACGAUUCUCCAAGAGCGUAAAUAAAUAAGCGGAUAACUGUUGAUUGAAAUAUAAAUUAUUAAAAUAUAUUUCGCUCUCUUUUUUUGAGAUUGGUGAAGUACACGAACGUACGUGAGCAGAAUUCAGAUACAAAAAGGCCUUCGAAACUCUGAAGAAUCUCUAAGUAACUGAAGAGGGAAACGCGAAGUAUAAAACCGCUUCGUAGACCGCUUGAUAGAUCUACAUCUUGCUCCAGGUAACGAGAUGACAAGAUAAUUCGGUGGAAGACAACGGUGGAACAUAUAGUCGAAGUUUCUAUAUCGAGGAUCUUGAGCUCACACGUCCGAGUUAUUAAACCAUCAAGACAUUUUUUUCCAUCUCCCCGGAAACCAAAGUACAAAAUGAUGGGUUGCGAUAAAGGGAUGCGGAUGAGAAUCGUGUUUUAUCGUAAACCUUUUCAUGCGACCAGGAUUAGAAGAGAUCGACGCGUGCUCUUAUUAGCUCGUGUUUUGCUAGUUCGAGGACUCUAUUAGUGAAGGUAGAAUUGAAGAUACACAUGUUUCUUAUCGACAAAGAAAAGCAAAACUUAUUGUAACAAAGUUUGAAACGGAUUAACGGAGAGUGUCAUUUAAAGUACAAAAUUCUAUGCUUAACUUUGACAUCAUAAAACGAGAUAUUUUCAAAGCAAACGAAUUAACUUGACAAUGGACUCAAACGUACAAGUUAUUCUAUGAAGAAAAAUACACAAGAGCGCAUCAGCGGAUUAUCUCGGGGUUCUUAACAAGACGACGUGUUGACGUAUUGAUAAUUUAAGAGAUCUUGAUAACGAUAUACAAGAGUGUACAGCGAUAUCAACGAGUAAUCUCGGAACAACAAUGACAAGUUAGCUCUUCUGUGACUUCCCGAAAAGAGUGCGAUACGCGUUAAUUAUCAAUACAAUCGAGUGCUUUGAACCUGAAUACAAAUACAUACAUACGUACAUAUAUACAUACACACCGUCAAAAUAGAGUAUCCCGGUAGCAGCGGCAUGUACGGGGGCGGGUCGGCGGGAAGCGCGGGCUACGGGGUCGGUCUGGGCCCGGGACCGGGCCCCUCGCACUACGCGACUCCCUCGGCUACCGUGGGCUAUCAAUUGGGCCCGCCACCUCCGCCACCGCCACCCCCGUCCGCCUGCCCCGCCGCCGGAAGUCAACUUCUGUCUUACGGCUCCGACUUAUCGCCUCAUCACAUCCAACAGGCCCACACCGAGACCCAGCAAUCGAAAAGACGGAGAUCCGACGAGGAUGAUCCGAGUGGCUGUAAAUAUAGGAGAUUGGACGACGAUAAUGUGCAGGACAAGGAAAGGUUUGCAAGCAGGGAGAAUCAUUGCGAGAUUGAGCGGCGGCGGCGGAACAAGAUGACCGCCUACAUCACCGAGCUCUCCGACAUGGUGCCGACCUGUUCAGCCCUGGCCCGAAAACCUGACAAGCUUACAAUCUUGAGGAUGGCGGUGGCACACAUGAAAGCUCUCAGAGGCACCGGAAAUACCGCCACGGACAACGCUUACAAACCUUCCUUUCUCACGGAUCAGGAGCUGAAGCACUUGAUCCUCGAGGCGGCCGAUGGUUUCCUAUUCGUCGUGAGUUGCGACACGGGCAGGAUCAUCUACGUGUCCGACUCGGUCGCGCCCGUGUUGAACUACACGCAAAGCGAUUGGUACGGCACCAGCCUUUAUUCGCAGGUUCAUCCGGACGACACCGAGAAGGUACGAGAGCAACUCAGCGCGGCUGAACCGCAGCAUGGUGGCCGAGUAUUAGAUCUUAAAACUGGAACUGUGAAGAAAGAGGGUCAAUCCUCGAUGCGGCUGUGCAUGGGUUCGAGAAGAGGUUUCAUCUGCCGCAUGAAGGUCGGUAACCUGCAGACGACCGGCGAUAUGGCGGCAGCGCACGGGCUGCACCGCAUCAAGCAGAGGAACUCCCUGGGUCCGCCGGCGCGGGACGGUCAGAAUUACGCGGUGGUGCAUUGCACCGGUUACAUCAAGAAUUGGCCACCCACCGGUGAUUUUGUUCCCCCAUGUGUACCAGGUGUGGGUCUAGGUGACAGAGGAUCCGGCGGCAUUCAGACUGGUCCAGACGGUGUAGUCACGGACGAGAAUGCUACCACUCAUUGCUGCCUUGUCGCCAUUGGGCGAUUACAGGUCACUAGCACACCAAAUAGUAGCGACUUAGCAGGUUCCAAUAGCAAUAGCGAAUUUAUAUCACGUCACUCUGCAGAAGGUAAAUUUACCUUCGUGGACCAAAGAGUCGGUGGAAUUUUGGGUUACACUCCAUCGGAACUCUUGGGUCAUCCGUGCUACGAGUUUUUUCAUCCGGAAGAUCUGACACACAUGCGGGAAAGCUUUGAACAAGUGUUGAAGUUGAAGGGGCAAGUCGUAUCUGUCAUGUACAGAUUUCGAGCCAAGAACCGCGACUGGGUGUGGUUAAGGACAUCGGCAUUCGCGUUUUUAAAUCCAUUCAACGAGGACGUCGAAUAUAUUGUUUGCACAAACUCACAUGCAAAAUCAUUUCAUCCAAGUAAUGAGCAAACGGCGGAGAGUGAAGCUGUACCUGCAUAUGGACAACCUGGUCUGGAUUAUUCUCUUCAGAGACAUCCUACUAGGGAUCCGUUGUAUUCUGCGCAUCAUAUGAUGCAGCAUCCAGCAACUGUAGCUACAGCCAGCCCACAACAACCGAGGCCGUCCAGCACGCAGAAUGUCUAUCAAAGCUACGAAACAACGCAAUCACCAAUAGCUUAUGGAUCACCCGGACAGCAAAGCGCGUCCUCAUCAGUCUUAAGUAGGAUUCAAAAGCCGGCUAAUACAUCGCCAACUCCGCAAGCAUGGGCGAUUGGAAGACAGCAACCUGUGACAGAGGGUUACCAGUACAGUCAAUUAAGUCCGUCGAGAUCACCGAGCGGACCAACAUAUACACAGCUUAGUAGUGGCGCUAGAACACCGGCUACACAGCAAUAUCAUGCAGUCACAACAGUGCCUAAUAAUCCUGCAGGUAUGUGGGGUUGGCAAAAUCAACAGCAUCAGACGCCGCAGCCGGACGGGCAGACUGGUGCUCAGGUGGCGACGCAAGCGCAACCACCGCAUCCUGGACAGACCGGACCCGGCACACAACCUCAAGAACUGUCCGACAUGCUACAGAUGUUACAGGAUCAGGGCGGCUCGUCCGGCUUCGAAGAGCUGAACAUGUUUAAUACCAACUUCGAGUAGCAACGAGAAAGGCGAUAUGCCUUUGGGAAGCAGCUUCUACUUUAGAGGAAUUCUUUCUCGGGACUUUCUCCAACCGCUCGGUAUCACUUAGGAGUCGUUCAUGAAAAGGAUUCCUAUUUGAUAUCGCAAUUCGCGCUCUCACGUCAGCAUCCAGAAGAUUGUUCAUGGAGAAAAAAAAAUCGCGAUUUAACAAUUUAGCACCGCAUAUAUAGACUACGCAAAAACGAUCGCACUGGGAUUAGGACAGCCUAGUCUGCCGGGUUAUUUACAUAUAAUUCAUACGUAUAUAACGAGAGGUUUGAUUCAUUAUUGUGGGUAUCAGACGCCGUCGGUACGAUCGCCGCAUCGUACGCUCCGAUUGUUCGAAAUAAUUAUUCAAAUUGACGAGCAUGAUUUCGCAGCGAAAGUGCCAUUAAGACAUCAAGCGCGACUGUACCUUCAUAAUGAUAGAUGAUUAUUGAUUAGGGCUCGAAAUGAAAUAUAAUAUGCACAGAUGUGUUACUCACGUUUGGUAUUUAGCACAAGGCAUUAAAUAUGAAACGAGCACAAUUAUAUCGUUUACAAUUAAAAAUACGCAACUGAUAAAAAUGUCAGUAAUUAAUACAGAGUGCUUUCAACACACUUAACGCAUUUAAGGCAUUUCGAUUAUAUUUUGAUGAAUUUGGGGUAUUAUAUUUAUAAUUGAAUUCCGCAAAUUUUACUUAUGUCCAUAAAAACUACGUAAUCAAGUAAAAUUUUGAAACUAUGGAUAUUCACAGCCUUGUUGCAAAUAUUUUAAAGAUAUAUAAUAUCUUAUCUGUGCUUAUUAUACAAGAAAUGUAAUUUUAAUUUACAUGACAAUUUUUAAUUGGAAUAUCAUGCGAUUCGAUAAUGAUAUUUAGAAAAAAAAGGAAGAUAAAACGAAAAUAUACUCUAAACAAUAAGAAAAAAUAUUUUUAAAGAAAACUUCUCAAUCAAAUCUAUACACAAAUCACGGUAAUUUUAAUACCAGCUUAUCGUUAGAUUCAUAAGAAGUUAGCUUAAUUAUUUUAAUUUAGAUCUUUGUAAUUAUAAACAGUGCAAUCAUAAACUGACACGCGACAAGAAAUCGUUGAAGACAUUGAUAAUGUACAAAAAUUGUGUAAUCCACCUUUGCUUCUCUGUGCAAGACACCGUUUUUAGAUAUUCUUAAAUGAAAAAAAAUAUAGAUAAUGUUACAUAUACGAAUAAUUGCAUUUAUAAGUAACCACGUGUGACUUAGCGCGUUUGUACAUGUUUUAGCAAAUUUUGAUGAGCACAUUGAAACGAAAUUGCAGCAUAUCAUGAUGAAUUGGGAACAUUUUUCACUAAUAUAUGAACUAUACAUAUA